AUGGAAAACAUCGUCGCAGAUCAGAUCAAAACGGCAGAAGCCAUCAAAAGAAUGCAUACCAACAUGAAGAAGGACUCCCCCUCAAGGAAAAAUGCAGAAUACUGCCAGAACAAAAUGUGCCAACUGAAGGAAGAAUGGAAUGCAUUCAAUGAAGCGCACAAAUAUUUAAUAGAACACAUACCAGAAACUGAUGAAUAUUUCACGAAAGACAUAUACGGGCAAGCAGAAAAGAUAUACAAUCAAGCAUUGUCCCACAUUAUAAAAAUACAGGAAAAACUUCGAGACGACCAAGGAAUUACAGAAGAAAAAGAAACGAUGAACCAGCGACCUAUGGAUACGUUACGAAACAAACUGGAACUUCAAAUUGCGGAAUUUCAUAAGCAACUAGCCAAGAUUUGGACCCAGUACGAAGCCAAUCAAAAACCCUACCGCUUUCAGAGAGAAGCAGUCCAGGCUCAAUGGAAAAUCAUCUCGGAGUCCUUUCAAGAAAUCCAAUUAAAUAAUAUCGACAUGAGCCAAGAUCCUUUGUUUCAAGAAACUUAUUCAACUGUACAUGACGAAUACGAAGAAAUUAUGAAGAAAUUCGAAGACGAUGAACAACCAGACAGAACUUCAUUACAAGGACGUCCCAAUCUUCCAACAUUGCCUACAGUAUCAAUACCAAUAUUUUAUGGGAACUACGAAGCAUGGCCAGCAUUCAGAGACAUAUUUCUGCAACUCAUACACUACAAUAAAUCAAUUGGGGAUGCUGAGAAAAUCCAACAUCUAAAAUCCAACGUUCAAGGUGAAGCCGGUAAAUUAAUUCAACAUCUUUCGAACACUGCGGCGAACUAUGCAGGAGCAUGGUCAAUAAUUCAGGAGCGAUAUGAAAACGAAAGAAUUCUAUAUCGCAAAUGCAUGGAUGCCAUAUUAUCCCAGCCCAUCCUCCAGCAGGAAUCAGUACAAGGACUAAAGUUACUUCACGACGUGACAAAGGAAAAUCUGAACGCAAUCGAAAACAUGGGAAUCAACGUUCAAGAAUGGGGUCCGAUGAUAACGCAUCUCCUAGAAUCCAAAAUGGACCCUGAAUCCUGCCGUGUGUAUGAGACCACCUUAAAGGAACCAAAGAAAAUACAGAAGCUAGAAAAUGUACUGUCUUUCAUAGAACGACGAUUCCAAGCGUUAGAAGGAGGCAAAACACCAGCAAAAAAAUGGGAACCUAUUAGAAAGCACCAUCCUUUCGAAUCAAGAAAGUCAUGGUCAGCUAACACAGCUCACCUACAAACAACCAAAUGCCCAUUAUGCCAAGCAGGUCAUGCACUGCGAGCCUGCCAGAACUACUUAGCAAUGACCGUGAAGGAAAGACUAGACUACAUAAUUCAAAGCAAAAGAUAUCACAAUUGUCUAGGACCACACCGAACAAGUUCUUGUUUAAGCAAAGUAACGUGUUUCAAAUGCAGGAAGUAUCAUCAUACAACACUUCACAUAUCUCUACUACUGGCAGCCAAAGUCAGGAACAUCAGCAACAAUGGACAAAAUAGUUCCAAUAUGCAAAUGGUACGAAACGAAACCAUAGGGACGAUCAACGGAAAUAAUGCCUAUAUCACUACAGGAAAUAGAGAAUCUCCGAAAAGGCAAUUGCAUUCAGUUGCUCUGCUUGCUACAGCAUACGUCAGAGUUAAAUCAAGAAAUGGGACACUACAAACAAUACGAUGUCUAAUUGACCCAGGAUCUGAAGCAUCGUUCAUAUCAACAAACGCGGUGCAGAUACUCAAGUUACAGAAACACAAGAACGAAGCACAAAUCAUUGGCAUAGGUCAGUCUCAAUCAGGGUCAUCGCAACACAUGGUAUUCUGCGAGCUCAGACCAAGGUUCCAGAGUUCAUUUAUGAUAAACGCAGCGUUGCAUGUACUUCCACGAAUUUCCAACUCAAUUCCGAAAGAAAAAAUUCACAACAGUCUCAUUACGGAAUGGAAUGAUAUACGAUUCGCCGAUCCACAUUUCUCAAAUCCUGGACCAAUCGACAUGCUUUUAGGAGUUGAUAUAUACAAAGAUAUCAUUUUGGAUGGAGUAAGAAGAUCAAACAAUGGGAUAACAGCGCAAAAUAGCGAAAUUGGAUGGUUACUAUACGGAAAUGUGAAGAAUAUAAGUCCAUCACUUCAGAUAACUAGUUUAACUAUCACUAUCAAUGAUGAGCAGUCACUAUCAAGAUUUUGGGAAUUGGAAGAAGCUGCAGACGAACGACGCUGUUCACCUGAGCAUGAGCUUUGUGAGAGACAUUACCAAAGCACUCAUACACGAAAUCGAGAUGGAUCAUACACAGUCAGACUUCCUUUCAAAAGUGAUGCUGAAAAUUUGGGAUUGUCCAAGAAACAAGCGGUAGCGCGCCUGCUGCAAAUCGAGAGGAAAUUCGAAACCAAUCCAAGCAUGGAACAGAACUACAAGGAAUUCAUACGCGAAUACAUAAAAUUAGGUCACAUGAAAACAGCAGAAGCUCAACCCCUCAAUGGCAUUCAAGUUUUUCUACCACAUCAGUGCGUCAUAAAGGCAGACAGCACUACUACUUCCACAAGAGUUGUUUUCGAUGGAUCGGCAAAAACAAGCACAGGAUAUAGUCUAAACGAUGUUUUACACUCAGGUCCUAAGAUACAACAGGAUCUCACUGACAUUCUCAUCAGAUGGAGAAAAUAUCGAGUCGCCCUCACUGCCGAUAUCGAAAAGAUGUACAGGCAAAUCAAAAUAGCCGAGGAAGAUCAACCAUACCACAAAAUAGUCUGGAGAUUCUCAAAGGAUGAACCAAUACAGGAAUUUCAGUUAACCACUUUAACUUAUGGCACGGCCCCAGCUGCAUAUCUGGCAAUACGCACCCUACAUCAAUUAGCUGAAGACGAAGAGAAAAAUUUUCCAAGAGUCGCUCAGAUCGCUAAAAAGGAUUUCUACGUAGACGAUUUACUCACAGGGGCGGACAGCGUCGAGGUAGCUGAGCAAUUGAAGAAAGAAAUUACUGAACUAAUGAAAAAGGGAAACUUCAAUCUUCGAAAAUGGAAAAUGAGCAAAUACCCACAAAAUGGGACGGAUGAAUUUAUUCUAGGUGACAAAUAUGAACAAAAUACUACGAAAACACUAGGCAUUGUAUGGAAUACAAAUAGCGAUAGUCUGCUCUAUAACAUCAAAUCACCUGAAAUUGAAGCGAUCACCAAAAGACGCAUGCUUUCCCAGAUUGCUGCAAUAUUCGACCCACUUGGUAUGAUAUCACCAAUAAUGCCAAACUAUUGA